AUGCAUAGGACGAUUGUUUUUGCUCUUGCCAUCAUCUUGGCCACGAUCGCUUUGGUCAUCUGCGUCAACUGGAGCGAAGGACAGCCACGCAGAGGCUGCAAGUACUGGUGCAAAGACGAGCCCGGCAAGUAUCACUGCUGCUCGAGCGGCCGCAAGAAACACAGAAACCCACUGCUCCACUGGGCUUACGAGGAGCUAUUCGAUCUUCACAAGCACCCCUGGCUGCUGCUGGACAACUCUUGGAUUUACUCGCUGUGGCCAAUGUUCUUCCAACGAUCGGCCGAUGAAAACGAUGACGACGAUGACGACGACGACGAUGACGACGAUGACGACGACGACGGCAACGAGGGAUUCAACUUGUCGCGUUGUCCGAGCUUACGAGACUCGUGUCCCCGUCGAACCAAGGCCUCGGCGAGUCCGUCGCCGAGCGCGUGCGUCGACGAUGGCCAGUGCAGCAAGAACGAGAAGUGCUGCUACGACGUGUGCCUGGAGCACAAGACGUGCAAGUCGACGCGCAGCCAGUGAGCCGAGCCGGCGGGUCCAAUCGACCACUCGGCACGAACCUCAAUUACGCGCGGGGGCUCACCGCCUCGGGCGCUGCGCCGAUUUAUCGCGCAGGCUACCCAGGGGCGCCGAGCCGAACAGCUGCCUCGUUACCAAACUCAAUUUCGGUCGCCGUCGCUCCCACUCUUUUCCCGAUCGCCGCCGUGCCGCAGUUUAUGGAAAUGCGGAUCGCCGCACGCGUUCCGUCAAUUUCGAUUGGCCGUAAUCGUUGCGUUGCAUUGCACGGAGCUGAUUGUUUCCAAGUGCCUUGAAUAAAAUGACGGUUUGGGAGACUCGUCCGCGUACUGGCUUGUUUUAAAUCGACGCCGCGGUGGCUGCUUUUAUUCUCCGAGCGCCGGGGCAUAAAGCGAAUUGGAAAUGGCAAAUUGGAUUUCGUUAGGGCAGCCCUUCCUACAGCAUAAUUGACUUGCUCCCUUUUUCUAUUUUUUUGCGUGCCUGCUCCUCACUCGCCACAGAAUAUUCAUUAUCGAGAGCAAAAAGAAAGUAAGAUUAUUAACGUUUUCGAAAUUCUUCGCCCACGGCUAUGUAAUGUUUUUUUGCUUCGUUUUCUUUCGGGACCUAUGCCACGUAAAUAUGCGCGAAAAAGAAAGCUUUGUAAAUACCUUUCGAUCAAAAUGACAAAUGCCCUCUGCAUUAUU